AUGAAUGACCUCGCUCUUCAAAAUGCGAUGAACUCUAAUCCUAGAGCAGGAGACAGCGAUUACAUACCAGGUCUCGGACUAUCUGGCGCCGAAGGUGCUCGUGACAAUGCACUUUUCAUAGAAUACCUGAAAAUGCAUCAUGGCGACUUGGCAGAUAAUCUCUAUCUUACAUCAGAUUCUGUGGCUACUGUUGCUGCGGCGUUCGAACACGCUGGCUGUUUCAAGGGUCUCGGACUAUCUGGCGCCGAAGGUGCUCGUGACAAUGCACUUUUCAUAGAAUACCUGAAAAUGCAUCAUGGCGACUUGGCAGAUAAUCUCUAUCUUACAUCAGAUUCUGUGGCUACUGUUGCUGCGGCGUUCGAACACGGCGGUGUCAUCCUAGUAGCCGGGACAGGAUCAUCGUGUCGUGUGCUUUUGAACAAUGGUCGUGUUUUCGGAGUGGGAGGAUGGGGUCACCAAAUUGGAGAUGGAGGAAGCGGCUUCUGGAUCGCUAUUAGGUCAUUUCAUUUUUACAUUGUCGUUCAUGCUCAUCCGGUUUUCGAAAGUACACCUAAUUAUAGAGCGAUACGCCUGCUAUUCGAUGAGGACGAUGGCAUGGAGAUUCCACACGAGUCCACCAAGCUGAUUCGUGAGCUAUUACUCAAGCACUUCAAAAUUGAGGACAAAGUUGAUAUAUUGGAGUACCUAUACAAUAAAUUCCAAAAGUCGCACAUCGCCUCAUUCACCGGCGAACUGGCUAAACAUUUGGAUGAUCCUGCUAUAAACAAGCUGUUCUUUGAUGCUGGAGAACUACUUGGAAAACAAUUUGUUGUGGCUUCUGGUCAUCUGCCUAGUGAAUGCAGAGCUGAAGUUAAUCUCGUUCUCGUGGGAUCGGUGUUCCUGUCAUGGAACGUUGUCAGAAAAGGUCAGACUGAGCCUUAUUAUGUCGAAUUUUAUACCGUUUUGAAGUCUGACCAGUCCGCGUGGGCGGACUGA